UCAUAGAUUAGAGAUUAGAUUGCUCGCUUCGUUUACUUGUGUUAUUGAAAUUAUAGGAAUGGGUUUAAAAUGGAAAAGGCUGAUCGUAUUUUCAAAAGACUGAAUUUUGAUAUAGUGCAGUGAUUCAAUGAGUGUCAUAAGGUAUUUAAAAUAAAAUAGUGAUUUGUGUUGUGUGAUUGAUGUAACGAAUCAGUGGUAGUGGCACGCAAGAUGGACGAAUUGUCUAAGGGCAUGUCACAAACAGGAAGCACUGUUGUAACUGACAAAAAUCAAGAAAGCGAUGGCUCGUCGAGUCCAUUCAUAUACGUGAACGAGUCGUGCCUGGAGUGCGAGCGAGUGCGGGCGGCGUGCGAGCGGCUGGGCGCGGUGGAACCGGCGCGCGCCGCGGACUCGCUGCCGUCGCCGCAGCCGCCGCCCGCGCCGCCUUCAUACCUUGUAACCACACCUUUUGACGGAGACCUGUUCGAUGCUGCACAUAGGGCCAAGUAUAGGGUGCUGGGGCCGACGGCGGUGCUGCAGCUGGCGGAGCGCGACGAGCCGCCGCCCGCCAAUGCGCGUCCGCUCUACUCGCUUGCGAUGCGCGGAGCCGUUAUAUGCUUUUCGGGAUUCCGAAAAAAAGAUGAACUAACGUACCUGAUAACUCUGAUCCACUACAUGGGCGGGUCGAUCCGCAAGGACAUGUCGAGCAAGGUGACGCACCUGAUUGCGGCAGCUGCGACGGGCGACAAGUACCGCUACGCCACGGGUUUCGGCCUACCAGUACUGGCGCGCUCCUGGGUCGACGCCUGCUGGGAGCGCCGCGACGACCCCGCCUGCCUCGCCACAGACGAUACGAUCAUUAAAGAACACAAGUUAAAAGUGUUUGCUGGUGCGCGGGUGUGCUUCGUGGGGUUCCCCGAGGAUGAGACGCAGCACAUGGCGGAGGUGCUCGCCAGCAACGGCGGCGCCACCUGCGCCCUCGACGACCCGGAGUGCACGCACGUCGUAAUGGCCAAUGGGGAGACUUUCGGUCGUUCGCUUAUCCUAUCACCUCCUGCCAUCACUCCAGAAACCUCCGCAAAACCCUCACGAAACACACCUAAUCGCUCCCAAAACACGCCCAAGACUUCAUUGUACCGUAGAUUAUCAGCGCGACUGUCGGGUCGCCGAACCAGUCCCAGCAAACACGAUGUUGAUUCCACUGAUAAUCGUUCUCGAGACGAAAGAGAACAGCGCUUGGAGCGCGCAAGAAACAGUAUUAAACCAAACCAAAGCAAAGAUGAAACAGAUAACUCGAGAGUUAGCUACGUAGGAAAGUCAUUUAUUGAUGAUUCGUGCACUAAUAGCGAUAGAAACCAAAGUACUGGCCAAACAGAGACAGUUGAGAUACGGCAAUACAAAACUUGCGGCAAGGAAAACAAAUACGCUUCGCAAGCCCUACUCGGAAGUAGAUUAAGCAGCAAAGAUAAAAGGGAAGUUUUUAGAAAUAAGUCCAUCAACGUUUUCAAUCUAGUGGAGUGUCUCACAGAAGCGGGUUCGCUUCAUUCGUCGUUAACUAAAAGCUUGUGUGACCUGGACUGCAAGGACGAAUCGGGUUUUCUUUUGCCCGCGUCCGCCAUCAGCAAGGAACUGCAACAUUCAACUACUACGAUAUCCUCUGGUAAAAAGAGAAGUAGGAAUUCAACCGAAUCCAACUUUCAAGUGAGCGUGGUCGAUGCCAAUAUUUCACCUGACAAAUGUGACGAAAGUAACUGGAAAUCUAUUAAAAGAUUAAAAAUUAAAGACUCCUUCAAAUUCAAGAACCGGCCUACCAUUUUUAAAAGAACAAAAAAGGAGCCUGUAUCAAAAACCGUGGGGGACAUAACAGUGGAGCCAGUUAGCCCUGAUAGUUUAAAGCCAACCGAUCCCGCCGGUGAAUUUGUAGCAUCGACGUCUUCUCCGAUCAGAGAAGACGAUAACGCCUCUGUUAGUUCGCUAAAUAUAAGCAAACAAUCGGGAUUUUUUGACAUUUCUUUCGCAUCCAUACGAAGCUCGAAGACAGUGAAGUCCGCUUCAAAGUUACGGAGAAGUGUUAAAUCGUUCACUGCUUCCUUCAGAAGCGAAAGGAAGAAGAAAUAUGAAAAAAGGGCAGAACGUAACACGGUCGAAGUGAAUCCAUGUCACCUGCCAUCGGAUUUAAAAAAUGUUUCCACGCCCAAGAGAGAGCUCGAUGUGAUGAACUUGGACAUAUCGCCGGUGCAAGUCGACACAAUCGACAGCACAGACAUGCGGACGCCGCGCAAAGAUGAAACCGACGUCGAGGAUUACGACGACUCGGUGAUAUUCAAAACUCCUCAGCGAGUGUGGCUGCGGACUCACCGUCACUCUAUUUGCGGUGGCGCGGAUCUGAAAACGAGCGUAUCGCAGUCGUGUAGCGCCAUCCCCGCCCCCGCCCCCACCGCCGCACUCCUCUCCGCUCCCUCGCACUCGUGCGCCCCCUCCCCCGCGCUCCGGCCCGCCCGCGACCAGCCGCAGCCCGCCUCGACGCCUCCCACCCGCGACGUCCGCGCCAUAUCGCAAUGCCAUGGACUAUCGCUGCCGGUUGUAGACGUACACAACACGGGCGUGGCACCCGAGUGCUCUCCGAGAGUGCACAUAGUUAAAGCCGAAUGGUUUUGGGCUUCAGUACAAAACGAAGAGGCGCAGGACGAGAGAGAGUUUCUAUUUAAAGACUAUCUGGAAGAGGUGUCGCGACGGUCGUCAGUGGGCGCGGCGUGCGGCGCGGCGGGCGCGGGCGGCGAGGAGGCGGGCGCGGGCACGCCCUCGCAGGCGCAGCGGCUGCGCAAGCGCAAGCUGCGCGGCGGCGAGGCGGCGCUGCACAAGCGGCGCUCCUCCUUCAGCGACGCCGUGCUGCUCAGCCUGUCCGGCAACCUGCUCGACUGCACGCCCUCGCCAGACGGCAAACAACUUCUCGAAGAGUCUGAAGUACCUGAUAAUGUGGUGCGAAAGCUAAUGUCCCCGAGGCAACAAGUUUUCAUGGAGUUAUUACAAACGGAGUCAAACUAUGUCGGCAUUCUGCAUACUAUAGUCACUUUGUUUAAACAACCCUUAGAAGAGAUGACAGAAGAGGAUACCAGUAACGGAAAGAACCAGGCUUUGCUCAAUAACACGGAACUUAAAAUUAUUUUUGGAAACUUACCUCUUAUUUACGAAUUGCACCAACGCAUGCUGGAGGAGCUGCGGUACGCGCAGGCGCACUGGAGCGAGGAGGUGAGCAUCGGGCGGCUGGUGCUGCGCUACACGCCCGACAUGGUGAAGGCCUACCCGCCCUUCGUCAACUUCUUCGAGAACACCAAAGAGAUGCUGCAGCAGUGCGAUCGUGAGAACCCUAGAUUUCAUGCAUUCCUGAAAAUAUGCCAGACGAGACCGGAGUGCGGCAGACAGAGCCUGCAGGAGCUCCUGAUCAGACCGGUGCAGCGGCUACCUAGUAUAAGCUUAUUGUUAGACGAUAUAUUGAAGCACACGCACAAGAACAACCCGGACCACGCGGCGCUGGUGUCGGCGCUGGCGGGGCUGCGCGAGGUCAUGUCGCACAUCAACGAGGACAAGCGCAAGACGGAGGGCCAGCUGCAGAUGUUCGACAUAUACAACGACAUCGACCAGUGCCCGGCGCAUCUCGUGUCGUCGCAUCGAUCGUUCGUGUCCCGCUGCGAGGUCGUCGAGCUGUCCAAAGAGCUCUCUGGCAGGGGAGACCACCUUGUACUGUUUUUAUUCACUGACACCAUGGAAGUGUGCAAGAAAAGAUCAAAAGCUUUCAACAGUAAAAGUCCUACUAAUGGUAUGGGUACGAUGCGAAUAGGUUCAAGUAAACCCUACAGACAUAUAUCGCUGAUGCCUCUCAGUACGGUGAAGCGCGUCGUUGAUAUUAGAGAAGCUGAAGAUUGUCACAACGUAUUCGCGCUAAUGUGCCGGAGUAAUCAAGAGCUAAAAGAGAAGCUGUACUCAUUCAUGAUCACGGACGAGACGGUCGACAAGUCGCACUUCCUCCGACAGCUCUGCAGGCAGAUGGCCAACACCGUCUGCAAAGCUGAUGCCGACAAAUUCCUGGCGUGCCUGGAGUCGCACCAGCUCGACAUCGACACGAGCGACCUCGCACUCAGCACACUCUCCAGGGUCUCCAAGUUCGCCGCGCGCACGCGCAUCAAGCUGGAGGCGCUGGCCGGGCUGGGCGGCUGGCUGCGCGCCGAGCCGGGCGCCGCGCUGCUAGACACAUGGGUAUUGCGCGCUCACUUACUCGCACAGGUGGGACGCGCGCUGUCCUUCAACAAGACGCCGUCGAAGUUGAAGCGCGCCAUGUCCUCCAUGAUCUCGCCCUUCGGCUCCACCUCCAACCUGACGCCCGCCUCGCAGCUCGCGCAGAUGAGGCUCGCCAGUUGCAACAAUAUCAACGAGAUGGGCACGAGCGGCGGCAGCGGGGCGGAGGGCGGCGGCGAGGUGCUGGUGGCGCCGCUGUCGGUGCAGCCCACGCGCAAGGCGGCCGGAGCGCGCGCGCCCGCGCUGCGCCGCUUCUGACCGCGCGCCGCAUCGCCGCAUAAACCAGUGCUAGUUUAUAAACAGGGAUGUGGCAAUCACGAAGACGGUUCGGGCUAGACGGACGCUAUAGGUAUCGAUGUGCCUUGCCUUGGAAGGGUAUUGAAAUGAGAUGGAUUAAUUUAUUCGAUAGUAUUAUGGAAAUGGUUAACGGCCUCGAUUAUGUUUUAGUGAUUUAUUCAUGUGAGAUUGUAGUUUUAAAAUGUUGAAUCUAAAACUCUCGAUUAUACGCUACAUGUAAAUAGAAGGCGGCUUUAGCGUACGCGAUUUCAUUGUUAAUUCGAAUAAUUAUCUCCACUACUUUGCGAAUAGACCAGUGGCCAGUCUCUGGGUUUGUGUAAUACCAUGGGUAAACAUUAAUUAGUUGUCAUAACAUGCGUCGUGUCACAUAGUGUUAUUGAUAUUAUUGAUAUAGUUUUUAUAAUUUGUACAUAUUGUGAUAUUUUAAUUUAAUCAUGAAAUAAGCCUCGGUCGAACGUACGUAGAAUAGUGUCGUAUUUGUUAACCUACAUUAUCCGUCUGUUCACGUUAAACGUUCCUUAUAUUUGCCUUGUCGCUUUGUGUGAACCUCACGAUGAGAUGGAUUGGCCCAGUGACCAACCUCUGUAGUACACAUAUUAAAGCCCGCUGCACAUCUUCAGUUUUAACUGAACAGUCAAACAGUUAAAACUUAUGAUCGUAUGCAAAAUGUUAACUUUCAGUUAAACUGUACAGUUCUCAGUUUUGUCUUUACGCGUAAGUUUUCAGUACAGUUCGACUAUUCAUAUAAAACUAAAAGUAUGUAGCGAGUUUGUUCUAUAUGAUUGUCGUCCUCCCAGUCGGCCGAUGCGUAAGGGAACGCCUCGAAUAUCGGUAUUCAUUUUAUGUACGCAUCGUUUUGCAAUGUACAAAGAUUCAUAUUUAUAUUUUAAUUGAUUGAAGGAAUAAACAUUAUUUUCAACA